AUGUCCCUUUGGGCCGAUAAAUAUAGACCAAGAACUCUCAGUGAGUUGGAUUUUCAUCCAAAAAUCUCGAGACAGUUGCAAGUUAUGGCAAGUUCGGGAGAGUUUCCUCAUCUCUUGGUGUAUGGGCCACCUGGUGCUGGGAAAAAAACACGAGUUCUUGCAACACUGAGAGAAAUUUAUGGAGCUGGCACCGAAAGACUGAGGGUCGAUGUGAAAGCUUUCAAUUUGCCUUCGGGCAGAAAGCUCGAAUUCAAUGUCAUAUCCUCCUCCUUCCAUUUAGAAAUUACCCCCAGUGAUAUGGGUAACAAUGAUCGAAUUGUUAUACAAGAUUUGCUCAAGGAGAUUGGCCAGAUUGAAAGUCUCGAUUUUUCCAGGUUUGAAAAUGCUGUAAUGUCACCAAACACAAAGGAGCAAAAUUCGGGCAAGAAGAAAUUCAAGGUUGUCAUUAUCAAUGAAGCAGAGCUACUCACCAGAGAUGCACAAGCAGCAUUGAGAAGAACCAUGGAGAAAUAUUCGGCCAACAUCAGGCUGAUACUAAUCUGUAACUCGACCUCCAAUAUCAUCGAUCCAAUAAAGUCACGUACAUUGCCUAUCAGAAUUGCGUCUCCGACCACCUCUGCAUGCGCUGGAGUUUUAGGAAUGAUUUUAAGGAAGGAGCACCAUGCGAAAAAAGCCUUUCCUGAUGACGACGAGCAAAGAAACAUAAUAUUCAAGAGAAUAUCUGAUGCUUCUGAAAGAAAUCUUAGAAUGUCAAUAAUGAUGAUGGAAGCUAUGUACAUGAAUCACGAUACCGUCAGCAUAACGACCCCCAUCAUAAAACCUGACUGGGCUGAUGUUCUUCAUGAGUUAGUCACUGGCAUUUGCAAAGAUCGAUCCGUAUCAAGAUUACAACAAGCAAGAUCUAUUUUAUAUGAGUUGCUGGCUCAUGCCAUUCCGGCAAAGCUGCUCUUGAAAAAGCUGACAAUGACCAUAUGGGAUUUUACUGGGACCCUUGACAUCAAAAAUAAAUCAGAAGUGAGGAAAGCCGUCAUUUCAGCCAGUUCGAUAUACGAUGAAAGGCUUUCUCUAGGUUCCAAAGACAUAUUUCACUUGGAAGGUUUCAUCACAAAAGUCAUGGUGAUUUUGGAGAAAAGUGUGAUCAAUUGA